AUGCUUCAGUCGCAGCCUAGCCCCGCCCCUCCACCACUCCGAUUGGCUCGAGAACCAGCCGCUGCCGCGGACUCGCCCCCUCCUGCUAUUGGUCCGGAGCUGCUGUCAGUCAGCCGUGUAUUAACAGUUAAACGAAUGAUUUCUGCAGCGCAGUCACUGAGAGCUCAAUGUCCAUUGAUCAGUAAAACCAUAUUCAGUCACAGUGAAAUCACUCAAUGGGACAAGAUUAAAACACCAACAGCUGGGAAUCAGAAAUCGAAUCAGUUUUACAAGUUAAAAGCAUUUUCUGGACGGUCAGAGGUGGUUCCAGAGGACUGGAAGAUUGCAAACGUUACAACUUUGUUCAAACAAAGUAAAGAUAAACCCAGUAACUACAGGCCAAGGCACAAGGACACCCGCUCCACAGGGAAACCGUGGAAAUGUGGGGACUGUGGGAAGGGAUUUAAUUAUCCAUCUGAGGUGGAAACUCAUCGACGCAGCCACACUGGGGAGAGACCGUUCACCUGCUCCGUGUGUGGGAAGCGAUUCACUCAGUCAUCCAGCCUCUAUACACACCAGCAUGUUCAUACUGGCGAAUGGCCAUUCACCUGUCUUGAAUGUGGGAAGGGAUUUAAUGCUUUGUCAAACCUCCGGACUCACCAUCGAGCUCACUCUGAUGAGAGACCAUUUAAAUGUUCUGACUGUGAGAAGAGCUUUAAAAGCACAAAGGAUCUACUGACACACCAACGCACUCACACUGGGGAGAGGCCGUUCACCUGCAAUGUGUGUGGGAAGGGAUUCAGUCAGUCAUCCCACCUCCUGACGCACCAACUUGUUCACACUGAUAAGAGACCUUUUAAAUGUUCUGACUGUGAGAAGAGCUUUAAAAGUAAAAAAGAUUUACUGAACCAUGAACGCACUCACACUGGGGAGAGGCCAUUCACCUGCUCCGUGUGUGGGAAGAGAUUCACUUCUUCAUCCCACCUUCUGACACACCAAUUUGUUCACACUGAGCAGAGACCUUAUAAUUGUCCUGGCUGUGAGAAAAAAUUUAAAAGCAAAAAGGAUCUUCUGAAACACCAACACACUCACACUGGGGAGAGGCCAUUCACCUGCUCUAUCUGUGGGAAGGGAUUCACUCGGUUAGCCCAUCUGGUGAGACACAAUCGAGUUCACACUGGGGAGAGGCCAUUCACCUGCAGUCAAUGUGGGCAGGAAUUCAUUGAUUCAUCUGACCUUCUGAUACACCAGCGAGUUCACACUGGGGAGAGACCAUAUACUUGCCUUGUGUGUGGCAAAAGAUUCACUCAGUCAUCUCACCUCACUACACAUCAACUUGUUCACACUGAUCAGAGACCUUUUAAAUGUUCUGACUGUGAAAAGAGAUUUAAAAGUAAACAGAAUCUGCUGACACACCAGCGAGUUCAUACUGGGGAGAGGCCGUUCACCUGCUCCGUGUGUGGGAAGAGAUUCGCUCAGUCAAACAACCUGGUGAGACACCAGCAAGUUCAUAUGCGACAGCGGGGGUUGGAUUCUGCUGGUAUUGCUACUGUUAAUCACAUACAGGACUGAAUCAUGUCUGGACGUCUGUUUUCAGUUUUCAGUGGGAUUCCACAAUUUGUAGUUUAUAUCAAUGAUUUAGACUUAAAUGUAGGGGCAAUGAGCAAGAAAUUUGCAGAUGAUGUCAACAUUGCUGGUGUGGUUGACAAUGAGGAAGAAAGCUGUGGACUGCAGGAAAACAUCAAUGGACUGGUCAGAUGAGCAGAAAAUUGGUAAAUGUAAAUCAAUCUGGAGCAGUGUGUGAUAAUGAAAUUGGGGAGGGCAAACAAGGAAAGGGAAUGAAAAUAAAAGGGAUGAUGCUGAGAAGUACAGAGGAACAGAGAGACCUUGCAGUGCACAUCCACAGAUCCCUGAAAGUGGCUGGACAGGGAGAUCAGGUGGUCAAGAAGGCAUUUGGGGCACUUUCUUGUCUGAGGCCUAGAAUAUAAGAGCAGGGAGAUUAUGUUAGAAUUGUGUAAAACACUAGUUAGACCACAGCUGGAGUACUGAGUAUGACCCUGGUCACUGCAUUAAUCAACUAUAAAGUAACCAAUUAGCCUAAAACUAAAGACAAAUUGAUAAUUUAUCAUAUAAUUGCAGUCAGUGUUCAAUUAAUCAAAUCUAGGGAAUAAUGAUAAAGCUAACUAACAAUGGGUUGAAACAGCGAAGAAAUCUGAUUUUUUUAGUAAAUUAAACCCUGAGGUGUUUAGAUAAUAAGAGUUAAGAAAAACAUUUUUGCUAAUUCCCUCUAAAAAAUAAGGUGACUUCAGCACAAUAGAAGCUGAUUGGUGGGUAGCUGAUGAAUCUUUAUUUAUUUUAAUGAUUAGCUUAUUUUGUUUAAAUGAGUUAAUAAUCAGAUAAGUAAAGGCAUGGCGGGGCAUCCGAUUCCUGUAGAGUGCGUAUUCAGUUCCAUGUGGGAAAACCAGGAUGCUUCUGUGCUGGACAAUCACAAGUGCAGGAAGUGUCAUCACCUGGAACAGCAGGAAGCAAAGGGGAAUGGCCAAGAGGUGUUUUUGGGACGACAAGGCUGUUUCCAGUGGAGUUCUGGAUGGCUCAGUACAGGAUUCUAUACUUCUGUGGUAUAUAUCACUGAUUUAGACUUUAACAUGGGGACAUGAUUAAGACAUUUUCAACCUUGUCAUUAACAGUGAGGAAGAAAGCUGUAGACUGCAAGAAGGUGUCAAUAGAAUGGUCAGGUGGGCAGAAAAGUAGCAAAUGGAGAUCAGCCUGGAGAAGUGUGAGGUAAUAAAUACAUUUGGGGAGGGCAAACAUGGCAAAGGGAAAGGAUGUUACUGGUAUGAUGGUGAGAAGUGUAGAGGAACAGAGGGACAUUGGGAUGCAUGUCCACAGAUUCCUGAAGGGGACAGGUGAGGUAGAUAAGGUGAUUAUAAAGGCAGACCGGAUACUUUCUGUUAUUAACUGAGACAUAGAAUACAAGAACAGAGAAUAUUUCUAGCAUUUUCGGUUGAUGAAAGAUCACAGACCAGAAACUCCUCUCUCUCCAUAGAUGCUGCCAGAGCUGCUGAGCAUAUCCAGCAUUUUCUGUUUUUAUUACAUGAUCAGGGAGGUUAUACUAGAGCUGAAUAAACUACUAGUUAGACCACAGCUGGACUACUGAGUACAGUUCUGGUCAGUGCAUUACAGGAAGGAUGUGUUCACACCAGAGAGGGUACAGAGGAGAUUUACGAGGAUAUUGACAGGAAUGGCAAAUUUUAACUAGAAGGAAAAAUUGGACAGGCUGGGGUUGUUUUCUUUGGAACAGAGGAGGCUGAGGGGAGAUUUAACUGAGGUGUAUAAAAUUAUGAGGGGCCCAGAUAGAGUGGAUAGGAAGGACUUAUUUCCGUUAACAGAGAUGUCAAUGACCAGAGGGCUUAGAUUUAAACUAAUUAGCAGAUGGUAACCCCCAGGAUGUUGAUAGUGGGGGAUACAGCGAUGGGCAACGGUUGGAUUCUCUAUUUUUGGAGAUGGUCAUUGCCUGACACUUGUGUGGCGUGAAUGUUGCUUGCCACUUGUCAGCCAAAACCUGGAUAUUGUCCAGAUCUUUGCUGCAUUUGGAC